UCAACACAGUCUCCUCUCCCCACCCUACAGGAUCUGCCAAGGCCAUGUCUGUUCCAUCGUCACUGAGCCAGUCGGCCAUUAAUGCCAACAGCCACGGAGGCCCCGCCCUGAGCCUACCCCUGCCCUUGCACGCUGCCCACAACCAGCUGCUCAACUCCAAGCUGCAGGCCACGGCUGUGGGACCCAAGGACCUGCGCAGUGCCAUGGGGGAGGGUGGUGGGCCUGAGCCAGGUCCUGCCAAUGCCAAGUGGCUAAAGGAGGGCCAGAACCAGCUGAGGCGGGCUGCCACGGCCCAUCGUGACCAGAACCGCAACGUGACCUUGACCCUGGGAGAGGAGGCCAGUCAGGAACCUGAGAUGGCACCCUUGGGCCCCAAAGGCCUGAUGCACCUGUACUCUGAGCUGGAGCUCUCCGCCCACAAUGCAGCCAACAGAGGGCUCCGUGGAUCUGGCCUGAUCAUCAGCACUCAAGAGCAGGGGCCAGAUGAAGGAGAGGAGAAGGCAGCCGGGGAGGCCGAGGAGGAUGAUGAGGAAGAGGACGAGGAGGAGGAGGAGGAGGACUUGUCUUCUCCCCAAGGGCUGCCUGAACCCCCGGAGAAUGUGGAGGUGCCCCCCAGACCCCAGGCCCUUGCUGACGGUCCCCGAGAGCACAGCAAGAGUGCCAGCCUCCUGUUUGGCAUGCGGAACAGUGCAGCCAGUGACGAGGACUCAAGCUGGGCCACCUUAUCCCAGGGAAGCCCCUCCUAUGGCUCCCCAGAGGACACAGUCAGGAUUCCUGGUUUCCUUGGUAACGGGAAGCACGUCAGCAGUCUGGGCGCUCCCAGCUAUCCUGGUGCUGCGGUUGCCGAGGAGACGCUGCAGCCUAGCUGGGCCCUGGCAGAUUCCUUCUGGAACCCCAACGCCUUCGAGACGGAUUCCGACCUGCCGGCUGGAUGGAUGAGGGUCCAGGAUACCUCAGGGACCUACUACUGGCACAUCCCAACAGGGACCACCCAGUGGGAGCCCCCAGGCCGGGCCUCUCCCUCACAGGGGAACAGCCCCCAAGAGGAGUCUCAGCUCACUUGGACAGGCUUUGCCCACGGAGAAGGCUUUGAGGAUGGAGAAUUUUGGAAGGAUGAACCCAGUGAGGAGGCCCCUAUGGAUUUGGGGCUGAAGGACCCUGAGGAGGCGACAUUGUCCUUCCCAGCUCAGAGCCUCAGCCCAGAGCCAGUACCCCAAGAGGAGGAGAAGCUGCCUCCACGGAAUGCCAACCCAGGGAUCAAGUGUUUUGCCGUGCGCUCCCUAGGCUGGGUGGAGAUGACCGAGGAGGAGCUGGCCCCUGGACGCAGCAGCGUGGCAGUCAACAACUGCAUCCGUCAGCUCUCCUACCACAAAAACAAUCUGCACGACCCCAUGUCUGGGGGAUGGGGGGAGGGAAAGGACCUGCUGCUACAGCUGGAGGACGAGACACUAAAGCUGGUGGAGCCGCAGAGUCAGGCCCUGCUGCACGCCCAGCCCAUCGUCAGCAUUCGAGUGUGGGGUGUCGGGCGGGACAGUGGAAGAGAGAGGGACUUUGCCUACGUCGCUCGAGAUAAACUGACCCAGAUGCUCAAGUGCCAUGUGUUUCGCUGUGAGGCACCUGCCAAGAACAUCGCCACCAGCCUGCAUGAGAUCUGCUCUAAGAUCAUGGCUGAACGGCGUAACGCCCGCUGCUUGGUAAAUGGACUCUCUCUGGACCACUCUAAACUUGUGGAUGUCCCUUUCCAAGUGGAGUUCCCAGCACCUAAGAAUGAGUUGGUACAAAAGUUCCAAGUCUAUUACCUGGGGAAUGUGCCUGUUGCUAAACCUGUUGGGGUGGAUGUGAUAAAUGGGGCCCUGGAGUCAGUCCUGUCCACUAGUAGCCGUGAACAGUGGACUCCAAGUCAUGUCAGCGUGGCCCCUGCUACCCUUACCAUCUUGCAUCAGCAGACGGAAGCAGUGCUGGGAGAAUGUCGGGUGCGUUUCCUCUCCUUCCUGGCUGUGGGCAGAGAUGUCCACACAUUUGCAUUCAUCAUGGCUGCCGGCCCAGCCUCCUUCUGCUGCCACAUGUUCUGGUGCGAGCCCAAUGCUGCCAGCCUCUCAGAGGCUGUGCAGGCUGCCUGCAUGCUCCGCUACCAGAAGUGUCUGGAUGCACGCUCCCAGGCCUCCACCUCCUGCCUCCCGGCACCGCCUGCUGAGUCUGUUGCCCGCCGUGUAGGGUGGACUGUCCGCAGGGGUGUUCAGUCGCUGUGGGGUUCCCUCAAACCCAAACGCCUGGGGGCCCAUACCCCCUGAAAUCCUCAAUCCUCCCUUCACCUGCUUGCAUUGGGCCCCAGGGAACUCAAGGGUAUGGGGCAGGGAGGGGCACUAGAGGCUAUUGUUAGACCUCAGGCCCCCUCAAAGCUGUCCCUCCCCAAUAGCUGGGGUUCCCUGCCUAGGGGCUGGGGAGAGAGAGACCUAAUCCCUGCGAGGAAGUGACAAUACUGGAUUGAUAAGAGGAGCAGGAAGCAAGACCAGCCCCAGGCUCUCCACCCCUUUUCAGGUGGAGCAGGAGGAACUGGUCUAGGCCAGGCCCCAUCUUAGUAGGGUCUGGCAGGGGCAGAAGGGGGACUGGUCCAGGCAUGGGUCCCCUCCCCACUGUUCCAUGGGCACCUCUGCUGUACUGAUAUCACUAAUAAAGUCCGUCUGCCCUGCUAA